AUGAUCACAAUUUUAGACAAUGAAGACUCAAUUUCAAAGGAAAUAAAAGGAAACGAUGAGUUUUUUUCUCAAAAUCUCUUUUCAAACAAAUUUAAAAACUAUUUUUUUGGGUUCUUUGGAAAGGUCUUUAAACCUAAAUACAGCAGAAAAACGAAAGUUAGAGUUCAGAUUUUCAAUGAAAUUUUUAUAAAUUUGAUCCUAGUUUUGCAGCUGGCUUCAAUUGCAUGACAUCCUAAACUUACAAUAUCAGGCUGAUCAUCAUAUAUGCCGAUUUGGCAAUAUAUCGGAUAUAUCAGCUAUGAUCAAAUUUGCGCAAGAACUUAUAGCAUGACUUUUUGCUUUUAUGGUACACUGUCACUCGUAGGGAUCUGUUUUCUAACUUUUAUGGUAUUCGGAAUAUCUUUUUACUUAAAAAAAGAAAUACCAUCGCUAUUUGUGAUUUUGACCCGAAAAAUUGCUUUAUCUUUGACUACAAUUUGCCUUGUUCCAAGUGUGAUGAUGUUUCUAUUAGUAAUAAAAUACUCAACGAUUAAUCGGAGCACAAUAAUUGAAUAUGAGGGAUCAAUUAAAGCAAGUGAGCUAGAUUAUGGGGCGCUAGGAUUUGUACUUGGAGCUAGCUGCUUAUUAUCAAUAGUUUUUAUAAAUUUCUCUUCAGAAAAUUUUACAUCUGAUAUUAAUCAUUCACAUCAUAGAGUAAAUAUAAAGGCAAGAUCAACUGUAAAAUUAGAUGUACAAAGACGGCUGUUUUAUAUUUUAAUCUGUGUUUCUUAUGUGAUUUUUGGAGAUUAUAAUGUAGAUUUUCAUCAAAUUAUGGUCUUUUUAUAUUCCUUCUAUCUUGGGCUUCAAGGAAUUUUAUGUUUGGAUUAUUUUAAUCAGAUUGCGAAUUCUAUUCAAGCUUGAAAAAUGAUGACAUUAUCCGUAUUAUCUUUGAUUUUCAUAUUUGGGAGAAUAAUGGACAGUGCACUUAUCAUAGUCAUUUUUAAUAUCUUUUUACAGCCUAUGGUCUUAUUUGCAGUUCUUUGAUUUGUCAAUAAAAAAACCAAAAAUCUUCAAAAAAUAACAUCGUUUCCCCAUAAUCAGUUCGAGUUCGAAAGAAAAUAUAGGCAUUUAUUAACAAAUGAAAAUUUAGCUGAAAAAUUGGAAACUUUGGAACUUUUCAAAAUUUUUUCAAAACUGCAUCAUUUUCAAAAGGAUAAACUUUUUGUGAUAUGGGAGUUUAAUUUCUGUGUUUUUGUGGUAAAAGAUGAAAGACUAGCAAGAGUUAAGCUUGCGAAAAUAAAAAAAUAUGAAUCUUCGUUUGAAGCAGAAGCCCAAGAAUGGAGGCUUUUUUGAUGGCUUACUAUGAGGAAAUGUAAAGAAUUUCCUGAUACAGGCUAUUUGGAUUAUUUAAAGGAUUACAAUAAGUUAAAAAAUCAAGAUGAAGUAUUAUGCUAUAUGAUAAUUGAGCUACAGUCUGAGUUUUAUUCAACGCAUCCUCGUAUCAAAAAAAUAAUUAAUUUAGUAGAUCGUGUAUCAGACUCUGCAAGAGGAAUUAAAAAAGGCUACAAAAAUCUGGUCGACAGAUAUAAAAAUUUAGAAGCAUUUGAAAUAUAUGCCAGCUACCUUGAAAAUAUUUAUAAUAAUCAAGAACAAGCUGAAAUAAUUAAAAGGAAAAAAAAUGGCAUGAGCUUAUAUAAUAAAAGAUCCCAAGAGCAAAGUUUAGAAAAAUAUGGAAAAGAUGUAGCUACGAUAUUAGUCUCAUGUUUGGACGACUCGUUUGGAAAAAUUGUGUAUUUAAACGAAAAAGCAACGCAUAUUUUAAAAAUUUCUUUAACAAAUGCCCUUGAAACACCUUUUAAUUCCUUCAUUCCUCAGCCUUAUGAUCUUAAUCACGAUACACAGAUGAGAAACUUUGUUGAAAAUUGUGAUGCAAUUGAUGUUAUGGACCAUAAAAACCUCUGCCUUUUAGACCAAAAAGGCUUUAUGAUAGAGUGCAGUGUAUUGGUUAAGCUAACGGCUUUUCAUAAUUUUCUUUAUUUUUUGGUAUCGUUUAAGCCAAAAGCUACUAGCAGGCAGAUUGCACUUAUUCUUUAUUAAUUUAAAUUCUUUUAUGAGAAAAAUAAUUUUAUAAAUUACAUAUAUAGGGUGAUUUUUUUAUUUGAAUAUUAAACUCAAUCCAAAUAAUUAUAUUUCAGAAGAAGGGAUCAUAACUAGUCACUCAGAAUUGUUUCCUUAUUAUUUAGGACUGCAAGAAAAAUUUCUUAUUAAUAAAAAAAUAUCCGAUUUAUUGCCACAGCUGCACUAUGAAAGUCUCGAAGUGAAUGAGCCUUUUAUGCUGCCUCUGAAUAACUCAGAAGUAGCCUUAAUUAAAUUGAAAACAGCAGUAAUGUCAAAAGAAAUUGAUCAGCUAGUAAUCAUACACAACGAUAAAGAAUUAAAAAAGUGGCUAGAAAACCAAGAUCAAGAACAAGGCGACUCAAUGCAAACCAUGCAAGCUACCGAAUGCACCUUUCAAGAAGAAGUAAAAGCAAAGCCGAAGAAUUUUGAAGUAAAAUUCCAACAAUCACAGGAUAUAUCCCUUACUAUGAAAUCAUAUGAAAAAACCGAGACUGACUUCACACGCUCAAUUGAUAAUACUUUUAUAAAAAGCAACGAUGAGGAAAAAACUCGCUCUGAUAAAUCAAUAUCCUUUGAACAUUUUAGUGGAUUUUCAAUAAAAUCUAGUAAUUUCUAAUUAGUCCAUGCCAAAAAAAUACUGCUAAAUACCAAAAAAAGAAUCAGGGUACUGCAAUGAGUUCUUUUUGCAGUGAUUUUGUCUGUGAUUACUACAGUUUCUGCCAUCUUAGGCUAUAUGAUAAGCGAUGUUUCUUAUUCUACUUCCUUGAGCUCAUUUAAGCUUGUAGGUGACCUUUUAUAUGACCUAGAUAUUUCAGCUGACAUAGCAAGGACUCUUGAUAGAAUGAUUUUAAUGAAUAUUUCUAAAGAAAUACAAAUAAACCAAAUAAAUGCUUUUGAAAAUCUUAUUUAUGAUCUAGAUAGGAUAGAAAAUGACAUUUUGCGAGACUUUGAGCAGUGAAGCUACUGCUCUGCUGCUGAUAUUCUUUAUAAGCCUUUAGUUCCGUUAUGGGUAUUUGACGGAGAAAGCACCAAACGGUCGUUUCGAAAUCUUUAUGAUGUGAUUGGGGAAUUUAUAUUCCAUGUAAUCUUAAGAUAGGGAAAAAAUAUGAUUUCAGAUGUAAAAUUAGGAAAAAAUUAUAAAGACCACUGCAAAUUCUUAGUUAUUAAUGGCCUAGGGUUUGCUUACGACUAUACAAAUUUUACUAUGCAAGGAAUAGAAGAUUGUGAAAUAGAUAGAGUAAAGAGAAAUGGAAGCAUAAUAAAUGCAUUGUUGAUUGUAGGAUUUGUUGCACUUGCAGUUUUGGUAGUUAUUAUUAUUGGAUUUAUAAUUCUUGUUUCAAAAAAGCAUGACCAAUUUUGAAAUUUUGUGUUAAAUAAUGCUCAGUAUUCAUUGUCAAGGCUCAAACUUUCUUGCAUUGAAAGAUUAAUGAUUAUUCAUAGCAUUGACUAUAAUAUCGAUACUUCAAUAAGGACGAGGCAGAAUCGUCUCGAUGAAGCAAGGCAUGUUAAAGCAUCUUUAUAUCUAAAUUACACUUGAAGACUUAUGAUUUUUUUUGCAAUUGCCACAUCUUAUUAUUUUUUGAUUUCUUUGUAUCUUUAUCCCCAAUGUGAACGCUUAAUGAUAAACAGGCCGAAACUUUUAAGCAACUUUAACUCCCGGAGAUCAUUAAUAUCAAGAAUGAACAUCUUUGCACGAGAUUUAUAUCAGCCUUAUUUUAUUUUGAAUUUCCCUGAAUAUUAUGACUUUUCUAAUUCGCACGUGAUGCUUGCAUUAACUUCUAGCUCUUUAUUAAGGCAUAACAUAGAAGUUAGGCAGCAAGGUUUUAAAGAUUUAAUGUCACAAAGUUUGAUUAAGAAGCUCUAUGAAAGCUACAACUCAACCCUAGAUUUAUUAAAAUACGGAACAGAAGCCUCGAUUAAUACUGUAAUAUUUGACAUUGAAGAUGUAUCUGAGCAGACCAGUUUAUGGCCUAGCGAUUUGAUGGCUUAUUUUUUGGCUAAAAUUAGUGAAGUUCAAACAGAACUUGGGAUAGAGUUUCAGAUUGCUGAUGAGGAUUCAAAAAAUAUCAUAGAUAGUCAUUUGAAUAUUAUUAUAGAUACCACAAUUAUUUAUUCUGCUGCUUUAUGCCUCUUAUAUUUUUGCUACUAUUUGCCAUAUUUAAAUAAUCAAAUUACCAAUCUUAGAAGGUUCUCAAUAUUGCCGACAAUUUUGGAUAUGAAUACAGAACAAAUAUAG